AUGUCAACCCACUCUACACCGAGGGAUCCCAUCAAUAGUAGUAAAGACCGUGGAAUCGACGACUGGGAGUUUGAAGAUCCGAGCUUUACUGCGGCAUCAGUGAUACGUGCAACGCUGUUCAGCUCCUGGGUAAAUCUCCUUCUCAUCUGUGUGCCAGCUGGAUUCGCAGUCAACUAUACCCGUGGUAAGUCCACAGAGACUUUUAUCAUCAACUUCUUUGCAAUCAUUCCUCUAUCAAAGAUGAGCGAAUUUACUUUGCACGAGAUCGAAAUUCGCAACGAAUCUCUGGCAAGCUUUUUAUAUGUCACUCUGUGUAACUUUGUGCAGCUGGUCUGCAGUAUAAUUCUUCUUAAGGACAACAAAAUUUCGAUCUUGCAAACUACGCUCAUAGGAGGCAUCUUGAGUAAUAUUCUACUUGUUCUGGGCAUCAGCAUCAUUCUCGGUGGUUAUGAAAGAAUACAGCAAAAUUAUAACAUCGUGCUUGCACACACUUCCGCGAACCUUUUAUCGCUCGCUUCGACAAGUUUGCUUAUUCCAACCUCUGCUCAUUUACUUUCACAGAUCAACGUGAAGAACCUAGUCAAACAGCCGCGCGGGGCCUCGGUGGUUUUGUUGAUUGUUUACUUCGCAUACGCUUUUUUCUUCUAUAAGUCACAUGCAGAAUUAUGCAGCAAGCCUUCUCCAAAAGCCGAAAAAAGAAUAAAGAGGGUCUACGCAAGGGAUACUGAACGUGGCAUAGCCCAAAUUGCAAGAAUGACCGCUGGUUCAAUAGGUGAUCCUACCACGCAAGUCCUGAGGCUAGAAGACCCCGAUGCUGAGCCUGAUGAUCCGAAACUAUAUCAUUAUACCGCGCUGGCCAUUCUCGUGGUUACAACAGUAUUGAUGGGCUUCUGUACGCAGUUCGCAGUGGACAGUAUUGACAGUCUCAGCCAAAAGGCCAAUCUCUCGAAAACCUUCAUCGGGCUCAUUCUACUGCCAAUUCUGAACAACGACAUAGGCCCGGUGGAGCAAGCAUUGGCCGACAAAAUGGAUCUGACUAUACAGUUUACAAUCGGGAAAUGCUUGCAGACGGCACUUUUCGUGCUACCAUUUACGGUUCUGUUAGGCUGGUGCAUGAAGGUAGAUAUGACGCUCAAUUUUGAUGGAUUUGAGGUCGUCAGCCUGUUCGCGUCCAUCCUGCUGCUUAAUUACCUAAUCUAUGAAGGGAAAUCUACAUGGUGA